CACAUCUCCCACUUGAAACUCUCCCAACGACUUACAGGAACCAUGGAAUCCCUACUACGAUGGUCAAUUCAGAACUCAACGCCCCUCGACAGUGCACCGUCCGAUAGGCCUCCUGCGCGACGGGAAGACCUGAAUCCCGAAAUCAUAGAUAUGAUUCUCGGAAAGUCGGACGCAGAAUUGAUGAAGGAGGAUGUAGCAGUGGCAGUUGACACCUCCAAGUCCGAGGACGAACGUCUGAACGCACUCGACCACCUGGAAAUGUUGAUCGAACAAAUCGACAAUGCGAACAAUCUCGAGAAGCUUAAACUCUGGGAACCAUUACAGUCGAUCCUUACCUCGGAUGCCUCAAAAGAGAUCAAAGUGGCGACGCUGUGGGUUAUUGGAACUGCAGUACAAAACAACCCAGCUGCUCAGGAUGUUUACCGCGAACUGAAACCUCUGCCCACAAUCCUCUCGUUCCUUUCACCCCAAACUUCUACCAUAGAGGAGAGGUCAAAAGCCAUCUACACUCUAUCCGGACUGUUGAAACACAACGCACCUGCCUUGAAGGAUUUAUCGCAAUCCGGUUGGGAGACCCUUCGGAAUGCCCUCCAAGACCCAGCAAUCUCCGUUCGCCGCAAAGCCGUAUUCCUCCUGAGCGCACUGCUUAUCCCGACCGACCCUGGCCCACACCCACACGCCGCUCACCAAGCGCCUCUGAUGCUUUCCGACGCCCCUGCUAAUCUAAAUGCACAACCAUCUACCGCAGUGACCUCAAUAGAAGGCCCUUCAGUCAACGUUCUAACACCAGAUAACAGACCCGCGAACCCAGAGAAUCCCAUCCAUCCCAACUCGCACGCCGCCCACCUUCGCGAUUCAUCACGGUCACAGACAUCGGCGAUUACUCUGGAGGCAUUUGGAAAAUAUGGUCUCCUGGACAAGGUGAUCUCAUCGAUUGUAACUCCAUUGCCGCAUGGCCCGGAUGGAGAUCACGUCGGACCCGACCAUGACUAUGAAGAAAAGGCGCUGAGACUUCUCCACACUUAUGCGGUGCCGUGCCGUGGACCUUUCACCCCUGAGGAGAAGGCGACGCUGAAGAAAUGGAUUUCGGACGCUGGUACUCAGAGUCAGUUGGAGGAGAGGUGGAACUUUACAUCGGAAGAGUAUAGUCAGCUUGUAGCUGCGCUGUAAUGUGUUUUGGAUCUCUAUUUCAUGGGUUAUGUCCAGUAUCU